GCCCUCGGCCGGAGCCGCCCGUCCGCCGCCGCCCCGCGGCCCGGCCCCGCGCCCGCCAUGUCGGCCCAGGCCCAGAUGCGGGCCCUGCUGGACCAGCUCAUGGGCACAGCCCGGGACGGUUCAGUGUAUCUUUGCCUGCCUACAUCAAUCUGCAAGGGAGUUGCAGAAAAGCCUCAUGUUCAUCGAGCCGAGAUGAAACCAGACAAAGGGUGAAGUUUACAGACGAUCGUGUUUGCAAGAGCCACCUUCUGGACUGCUGUCCUCAUGAUAUCCUGGCUGGAACACGAAUGGACCUGGGAGAAUGUACAAAGAUCCACGACUUGGCCCUGCGAGCAGAUUAUGAGAUUGCAAGUAAAGAGAGGGAUCUGUUUUUUGAGCUGGAUGCAAUGGAUCACCUGGAGUCCUUCAUCGCAGAGUGUGACAGGAGAACAGAACUGGCCAAGAAGCGCCUGGCUGAGACUCAGGAAGAGAUCAGUGCUGAAGUGUCUGCAAAGGCAGAGAAAGUACAUGAGCUGAAUGAAGACAUUGGAAAACUUCUAGCUAAGGCUGAACAGCUGGGAGCUGAAGGAAAUGUUGAUGAGUCUCAAAAGAUCCUGAUGGAAGUGGAGAAAGUCCGAGCAAAGAAGAAAGAGGCAGAGGAAGAAUACCGCAAUUCAAUGCCUGCAUCCAGCUUCCAGCAGCAGAAGCUGCGUGUGUGUGAAGUCUGUUCAGCAUAUCUGGGUCUCCAUGACAACGACCGGCGUCUCGCUGACCACUUUGGAGGCAAAUUACACUUGGGUUUCAUUCAGAUCCGUGAGAAACUGGAUCAGCUGAGGAAAACAGUGGCAGAAAAGCAAGAGAAGAGAAACCAGGAUCGUUUGAGACGGAGAGAGGAGAGAGAGCGAGAGGAGAGAAUGGGCAGGCGGUCUGGAUCAAGGAAUAGAGAUCGUCGAAGAAAUGGGAACUACCAUGUGGGCACCUCAACUUCAUGUCACCCUUUGGGAUAUAAAGCAGGUGCUGGCUGGCCUUGGGCAGGACAGAGGGUCCAGAGUAUCACGCUCUCGGGACAGGAGGCGAAGACGCUCGAGGUCGGGCUCUCGGGAGCGGCGGAAGUCGCGCUCCCGCUCCCGGGACCGCCACAGACGCCACCGGAGCCGUUCCCGCAGCCACAGCAGAGGUCACCGCCGGGGGUCCAGAGACAGGAGUUCAAAACACAAAUCUUCCAGGGAUCGAUCUUCAAGAGAGAAGUCACGAGACAGAGAGAGGAAAGAGAAGAGCUCUUCUGAGAGGAGGCACGAGAGCACAAAUGGCAAAUCUCGUUCCAAGAGAUCAGAAGAGAGAGAAGCUGGCGAGAUCUGAACUCAAAACGAUCUGUGUUGCACUGUAAAUAGUCUGACAAACAUUCGACACAAAGCCUAAAUCCCCCCAUUUAUAUUUACUGAAUACGACUCAUCUUUUGUAGUUUGGAAUUUUUAUUGUUUGGCAGAUAGCUGUGAGUUUGUAGAGACACAGAGUUACUGUUUAACAGGCUUUUUGUUUUGUUUUAAGUAGGGAAAUCAAUAAAUGUUGGACGGAUCGUUUCCCAUUCAGGCCAGCGGGUGGUACACUGUGUUUGUCCCGAGCCAGCCACGAACCCUCGGGGCACUGACCUGACCUUUGGUAAACGCUUUCAGCCCUUUCCAAAAGCUCUGGACCUGCCCCUGUGUGAGCACACCAGUAGCACUGGUUCUCACCGAGUUCUUUUCUUUCCCUUCUGUUGAUAUGGUUUUCAGAAGUGAGGGGUUGUUGGUUUUUUGCCUCCCCUUUAGCGCUUAGCCCACCUCAUUUUUACGUCUCUGGCGGUUGAGAGUGGCCUCACUUUUCUAGCUCCCUUAACACAGACAUUUGGCCCUGAUUCAAAAAGCUCUUUAUCAGUGUGAGGAUGAUCAAAUCGACUGGAGCACGGUUCUAAGAUGGGCUCAAGGCUGGUUUUAGCUCUUGUUACAGAUCAGAUAGUGGGUUGUGUGUGCGUGGCAAACCAAAUGCUGGGCAGAUUUCUUCUAGAGAGGAGUGCACAGCUCCUGUGUGUCUUGCCCAGUUACCCUGCACUCCGCAGCGUCCUCCGGGGACGUUUCUGCCCUGCAGGGAAAGCGGAGGAUGGUUUUCAGGGCCGGUCAGGGAGGAAGGUGGCCGAGGGGACUGGGGUUGGAGCAAAAUGCAGGAGGCAAGCAAGGCAAGGAGCGGCCGGGCCCCGGCUGUGUCCUAAUGCGUGUGGGAGGAGUUUGCAUAUUGUAAUUAGCUGCUUUGUAACUAGGUUUCUGUUGCGGUAGGGGAGGAAGGCCCCGGGCACGGGGGCUGUGGCACAGGGCUGCGAGUUGCGCUGGCAGCUCGGCCCGCGGCUCCAUAGCUCCGGGAGGCAGGGCUCGUUGCCUGAAGGCGGCUCGCUCCGAACGAUCCGGGAGCGGCAGCGGGGCUGUCAGUGCUGUUCGCGGCCGCGUGUCCGGGCAAGGGGCGUCCGCCGGGUGUUUGUUCCCCUCCCAGCCUCCCGUAAGCUGCUGCUUCACCGGUUUCGGUUUCCCCGCGGCCGUCCCGGCGCUCCCUCGGUGUUAGUCCUUAGUGCAUGCGGACCCCCCCUCCCUUUCCCCUUCCCCUCCCCUGUCCGUUUUUACCACUGCUGCCGCGGUUUCGCGUUGUUGUUUUUGUAACCUCCGUGUCGGGUGAGGGGAGCGCGGGGCGCCGGGGGCGGGCGCGCUCCCGGGCUGCCUGUACGUGACUGUGCUGUUCUCUCGCGGUCUGAUCGCAUUAAAGAUCUGUGUUUGUGGCUCCCA